AUGAUAUAUCUUUAUAAAAAUUAUUAUAUAUUUUGUAUUAAAUAUAACUUUAACUUAUUACUAUAUAUUUUUCUAUUAUUAUGUUGUUUUUUUAAUUUAUCAUUAUCUGAAAGAUGCCCAUUAUUUUUUGGAGCUUAUGAAUGUCCAAAAAAUUAUACAUGUAUAAAUGGAAAUUGUCAAAAAGAUGGUAUAAUAUCAAAGACAUGUGAUAAUGUUGUUUGUGAUGAUGACUUCAAAUGUUUUAAUGGUGUUUGUUGGCCUGUUGAAGGUCUUCCAUGUGAUAGAAAUACAUUAGUUGAUAAAGAUGUAGCUAAUGCUAUGACAUCAGAUUGUGGUAGCAAAGGAAAAUGUAUUAGUGGACGUUGUAGAAUUGAUCAUUGUUGGAAUGUGGUUUGUCAAGAAGAUGAAAUGUGUAGAGGUGGAAAAUGUUACAAAAUUGUUGAUAAUUUUUGUUGGAAUUCAUUUAAUUGUGGACCACGUUUUAAAUGUGUUAAUAAUAAAUGUAAAAUUAUUGAUGAAUUACCAAGAGAAAAAUGUAAUUGUGAUCCUGGAAUGAUUUGUAAAAAUGGUCAAUGUAUGAUGCAAGAUAAUUGUGUUAAUAUUGCUUGUGAAGCAGAAGAAGUAUGUAUAGAUGGUGUUUGUAGUAGUUUAUUAGGAACAAAAUGUGCAUAUAAUGGUGAUUGUGGAGAUGUUUUAAUUUGUAAACAAGGUAUUUGUGUUGAAGAUUUAGAAUGCCGAAAUAAGUGUCCAUAUGAUAAUGUUUGUAGAGAAGGUUUAUGUUCAAAUAUUCAAGGAUUAUUAUGUGAAGAAAAUUCAUGUUCCGAGGGGUAUGAAUGUAUUAAUGGUGAAUGUUUAAAAAAUAAUUGCAUACAUACAGUAUGCCAAAUUGGAGAAAGAUGCGAUAAUGGAUUAUGUAUUCGUGUUGAAGGUUCAUUUUGUUCACAUGCUCCAAGAGAUUGUGGUCCAUUAUUUAAAUGUAUAAACGGAGUUUGUCGAGAUUUUAUUAAAGAUAUGAUGAUUCAAUAA